GCAUACAGAGCAAAUCCCUCCCUUCCAUACAAGUAUACAACAAAUUAACUGCACCAUUUUGUCUAGCUUCCAAGCAAUGAACUCCUCUAAAGAACCGGAGGCCCCUUUUCCGUCUCCGAAUUCCCUCCCCUCAACCAGGUGGUGGUCGGAGGAGACGGUGGCUGUAGUGACCGGAGCGAACAAGGGAAUUGGGUUUGCGCUGGUGAAGCGGUUGGCAGAAGUGGGACUGACUGUAAUCUUAACUGCUAGAGACGUAGAGAGAGGGAGCACGGCAGCUCAGGCACUGCGAACCCAAGGAUUUCACGUACACUUCUUUCGCCUUGAUGUCUCCGACCCUGCUUCAAUCAACACCUUCGUAUCAUUGUUCCAGAUCAAAUUUGGAUCCUUGGAUAUCCUCGUGAACAAUGCCGGUGUGACAUUCAAUGAGAUCAAUGAGAAUUCAGUGGAGCAUGCAGAGACGGUGAUCAGAACCAAUUUUUAUGGAGCCAAAUUACUCACUGAGGCUCUCCUGCCCAUGUUUCGUCGCUCGCCUUCUACAAGCCGGAUUCUUAAUAUUAGCUCUAGACUUGGCUCACUAAACAAGCUGAAAAACCCUAACAUAAAAAAGAUACUAGAGAGAGAAAAUUUGUCGGAGGAGCAUAUUGAGGGUGUGGUGGGUUUGUUUCUUGAAAAUGUAAGGAAUGGAACGUGGGAGAGGGAAGGGUGGCCGGAGUUAUGGACAGACUAUGCAGUGUCCAAGCUUGCACUGAAUGCAUACACAAGGGUUUUGGCAAAGCGGUACAAAGGGUGUGAUAUUAGUGUGAAUAGCUUCUGUCCUGGCUUCACUCAGACGGCUAUGACUCGUGGUAGGGGCAACCAUACUCCGGACGACGCGGCCGAUGUUGGGGCGAGGCUGCUCUUGCUUCCACCGGAGCUCCUGCCAACUGCUCAAUUUUUUCUAUGGGGUGGCACACCCGGUAGUAGUAGUACUACUAUUGUUCACGCAAAACUCUAAUUAAUAUUGAUUAAUUGUCUGUGUUUUUUGUUUUAAAUAAAUAUUAUCAUGCAUGAAGUAUAAUUCCUA